AUGGAGGAAAAUCAUGUGAGAAACGACGGUGAAGUUAGUAACGAAGACGAUCUUAUAUACACUUAUGCUUCAUCCAACAGCAUCCCAGACAGCCGAAACAAUAUCGUUGAAUCUGAUAGUUUUGGUGAGGAAGAAGCCAAUCAAGUAAAUAUAGAAGGUGAGAGCGCCAAGGAAGAAUACGAGUCACUGAAAAGGGAGCUCACCGUAUUGAAUCAUCAAGGCAAUCCAUCUCAAGCAGAAGAAGGUCAGGCCGACGCUCAAAAUUUUAACUUAGAUGAAUAUUUACACGGUAUCAAACAUCAAAUUGAUGAAAAUGGGCAUAAGGGUAAAAACCUUGGUGUUUCCUGGGAGAAUCUUCAUGUCGAGGGGCUUGGAGCUGAUGCGUAUACUAUUCCCACAGUUUUUAGUCAAGUGUUGAGUAUAGUAUCUUUCUGGAAAUUAUUUCGAAAAUCGAGUGGCAGUAAAAGAGUUAUUAUUCAAAAUAUUACGGGUUGUUGCAAAGAUGGAGAAAUGUUGUUGGUUCUUGGACGUCCGGGUGCUGGAUGUUCAUCUUUUCUAAAGGUAAUUGCCAAUAUGAGAGGAUCCUACACAAGUGUAGAAGGAGAUGUAAAUUACGGUGGCAUCGAACCUGAAAAGUUUGAUAAAAUGUACCGAGGCCAAGUGUGUUACAACUCAGAAGAAGAUCAACAUUACCCUACACUCACUACAAAGCAAACACUACAGUUUGCCCUCCGUACAAAGACCCCCGGUAAGCGUUUACCCGAACAGUCUAAGAAUGAAUUUGUUGAUCGAGUGCUUUAUAUGCUUGGUAAUAUGCUGGGCUUAACAAAGCAAAUGGAUACAAUGGUAGGCAAUGCCUUUGUUCGAGGUCUCUCCGGUGGUGAACGUAAAAGACUUUCAAUUGCCGAACAAAUGACCACUCGAUGUACAAUUAAUUGUUGGGAUUGCUCAACCCGUGGUCUUGAUGCGGCUUCUGCUCUUGACUAUGUUCGCUCUCUUCGUAUCGGCACCGAUGUUUUCAAUGUCACUACAAUAGCAACACUUUAUCAGGCGUCAAAUAGUAUUUUUGAGCUCUUCGAUAAAGUUCUUCUGCUCGAUGAAGGUUACUGUAUAUACUUUGGGCCAUCAGUGGGAGCUAAAAAGUAUUUUGAAGAUCUUGGAUUUUUUUGUCCACCAAGAAAGUCCAUUCCAGAUUUCUUGACUGGUCUUUGCAAUCCUAUUGAGCGUGAGGUUAAACCUGGAUUUGAAGAUGUUGCACCAAAACAUGCUUCUGAAUUUCAAGCGAGGUACGAACAAUCCGAGAUCAAAAAAUACAUGCUGGACGAUCUUGAAUCAUACAAAAAUAAUUGUCGAGAAAAGAAUAAAGCUACCAAAUUUGAAGAAGCUCUCAAUGAUGAACAUCAGAAACGUGCAGGGAAAAAAGCGCCGUAUAUAGCAUCGUUUUAUCAACAAGUAAAGGCUCUUACGAUUCGGCAGCAUCAUCUUCUCAUAAAGGACAGGCAGAAUAUUAUAUCCAGAUAUGGCACUAUUCUUAUACAAUCCUUAAUCACGGCGUCCUGUUUCUUCAAUCUCCCAAGAACUGGUGCUGGUGCACAAUCUCGUGGCGGUGCUCUCUUUUUUAGUGUUCUCUUUAAUGCUUUUAUUUCACAGGCAGAACUUGUGAGGUUUCUAAACGGCCGACCCAUCCUGGAAAAACACAAACAGUAUGCACUUUAUCGACCCUCUGCAUUUUAUAUUGCACAAGUCAUUAUGGAUAUUCCAUAUGCAGUUGUUCAAGUAGUAUUAUUUGGGGUUUGUGCAUACUUUAUGAUGGGAUUAAAUUUAACAGCAGGUCGAUUUUUUACGUUCUUGGUGACCUUGUUUUUUACCAACAUGUGCAUGAAUGGCUUCUUUCGCUUGUUUGGUGCACUUACUUCCAGUUUCUUUUUGGCCACUCAGAUUACAGGUGUUUUGCUUGUAUGUAUGCAAUCUUACACUGGCUAUACCAUUACCUAUAAUGAAAUGCAUCCUUGGUUAUUUUGGAUAUAUUAUAUCAGUCCAAUGACAUAUGCUUAUAAGACAAUCUUGAUAAAUGAAAUGAGUGGGCAAGUUUACUCAUGUGAUGGUCCAGGAAGCUCAGUUCCAUACGGACCUGGAUACACUGAUUGGAGAUAUAAAGUGUGUACUAUGGUUGGUGGUGUUCCUGGCGAGAACUAUGUCAUGGGUGACAGCUACCUUCAAAAUGCAUUGACAUUUACCCCUUGGCAAAUGUGGGCUCCUGAUUUUGUGGUGGUAGUUGCAUUCUUUGUUUUCUUUACAUUUCUUACAGCACUGGCAAUGGAGGUUGUUGGGUUAAGCAAAGCCGCUUCUCUUACGAAACUUUAUCUUCCUGGAAAAGCCCCCAAACCUCGCACUGCCGCUGAAGAAGACGCGCGCAUUCUUAGACAAUCAAAAAUUACCGAGAAUAUGGAGACAAUAUCAACCGGCACUACGUUCUCAUGGCAGCAUGUUAACUACACUGUUCCCAUAAAAGGUGGUACGCUUCAAUUAUUAAACGAUAUAGGUGGCAUUGUUAGACCUGGUAAUCUAACGGCACUUAUGGGAUCUUCUGGUGCUGGCAAAACAACACUUUUGGACGUGCUGGCUAAACGAAAGACAAUAGGUGUUGUUGAAGGGAACAUUUACCUGAAUAAUGAAAUCAUAAUGAACGACUUUGAGCGAAUCACGGGUUACUGUGAGCAGAUGGAUGUUCAUCAGCCUGCUGUUACCGUCAGAGAAGCACUUCGGUUUUCGGCUUACUUGCGUCAGCCCAAUAAUGUAUCUGUCAAAGAGAAAAAUGAAUACGUCGAACAAAUUAUUCAACUUCUUGAAAUGGAUGAUAUAGGGGACGCCCAAAUUGGUCAGGUUGAAAGCGGGUUUGGUAUUUCUGUGGAAGAACGCAAGCGGUUGACUAUAGGCAUUGAAUUAGUCGGUAAACCUCAACUGCUUUUCUUGGAUGAACCCACCUCUGGUCUUGACUCGCAAAGUUCAUUCAACAUUAUUCGGUUUAUUCGUAAACUUGCCGAUGCUGGUUGGCCAGUAUUGUGCACGAUUCAUCAACCUUCUGCGAUUUUAUUCGAACAUUUUGACCAUUUACUUCUACUUGUUCGGGGUGGUAAAACAGCCUAUCAUGGUGAGAUUGGUGCCGACUCCCGUAUAAUGAUUGAUUAUUUCGAAUCGAAAGGUGGACCUAAAUGCUCCCCUGAUGCUAAUCCUGCGGAGUAUAUCCUCCAAGUGGUCGGUGCUGGUACAGCUGGAAAAUCCUCGGUUGAUUGGGCCGAGGUAUGGAAAGGGUCAGCUGAAUCCCAGGCCCUGGACGCUGAACUUGAGGAGAUCCAUCAAACAGCCGAUAAAAACCCAACUCGAACAGCUCUCACUUAUGCUACACCUCUUCCUACUCAAUUUCGUCUAGUUAUGCGUCGCAUGUGGAUUGCUUAUUGGCGUUCUCCCCAAUAUAACAUUGGGAGAUUUCUCAAUAUUUUGUUUACUGCACUUGUCAGUGGUUUCACCUUUUGGAAGCUUGGGAAUUCUUCAUCUGAAAUGUUGAGAAAGGUGUUCGCUCUUUUUAGUACUUUUAUUAUGGCAAUGAUUAUUAUUAUUAUGGCUCAACCCAAAUUUAUGACUGAGCGUAUGUUUUUCCGUCGAGAGUAUGCUUCGCGUUAUUACAGUUGGAUCCCGUUUGGCAUAUCGGCUGUGUUAGUUGAAAUACCUUAUAUUCUUUUCUUUGCUGCUAUAUUUAUGGCUGGUUUUUAUUGGACAGCCGGUAUGGUAAAUACAUCUGAAGCAUGUGGGUACUUUUACGUCACAUUUGUAAUGAUUGUAUGUUGGGCGGUUACAUUAGGAUUUGAUAUCGCAGCAGUGGCCGAACUUCCAACUAUGGCAUCUGUCAUUAAUCCUCUCUUUAUAUCCGUUCUUAUUCUCUUUUGUGGUUUGAUGCAACCCCCAAGCCAGAUGCCAAGGUUUUGGAGUUCAUGGAUGUAUUGGCUUGACCCGUUUCAUUAUUAUAUUGAAGGGCUCACAGUAAAUGAGUUGGAGCAUAUCAAAGUCGUCUGUUCUGAGCGUGAUCUUUUACGUUUUUCUCCUCCUCCUGAUCAAACAUGUGGUGAAUAUAUGAAGAAUUUCUUUGCUUUCCCUGGGGUGACUGGCUACCUGGAUAAUCCUGAGGCUGUUCAACCUGAAAAAUGUGGUUAUUGCACAUACAGCUCAGGGCCUGAUUUUUAUCAGACAAUGAUGGGUUGGAAUGCAUCCAACAAAUGGCGAAACUUUGGCAUCCUAGUUGCCUUCUUUUUUUUUAACUAUAUUUUAUUUGUUAUUCUUGUAUUUUUUAGACGAAGACCUAAUCGUUAG